UAAGUCUCGACGCCGCACACAAGAGGCCAUGUAGCCUCACCACAAUGUCUUUUCGCUAUUCAGCUCGCAGACUCCGGUAUAGAAAGCCCUGGAGCUCUCCAGCCUGCCUCAAUGGCGCGCAACCCCCGCAAGUGGCACCUGCAUGGCAGGCUUGUCGAACUGUUGCUUCUACCCCGACUGCUGAGAGAGUCCUAUUCCCUGGUGCUUUGAAUAGCCAGUUCACUAAUACGCUCGCCUUUCUCCGACCAGCGGCAAAGGAAGCUAUCCCAACGUACCGCGUGCUAGAUCAGUAUGGACAGGUGCUGGACAAGGAGACUGGGGUGGAUACAGAGGAUGAAGAAGCCUUGAAAUUAUAUCGGAAUAUGGUUUGCUUAAGCAUUAUGGACCUCCUCAUGUUUGAGGCCCAGAGACAGGGACGACUGAGCUUCUAUAUGGUUUCUGCUGGCGAAGAAGGCAUAGCCAUCGGCUCCGCAAGUGUCCUGUCCCCUUCCGAUGUCAUAUUUUGCCAGUACCGCGAAACCGGCGUAUACAUGCAACGAGGCUUCACUCUAGACCAGUUCAUGAACCAGCUCUUCUCUAACGCGAAGGAUGUCGGGUUAGGCCGCAACAUGCCCGUACACUAUGGCUCCAGUGAACUCAAUAUCCACACCAUCUCCUCCACCCUUGCAACCCAGAUACCCCAUGCCGCAGGCGCAGCUUACGCUCUAAAGCUUCAGAACCAGCAGCAACCUGAAGUCUCGCCUCGGAUAGCUGUAUGCUACUUUGGCGAAGGCGCCGCAAGUGAAGGUGAUUUCCACGCUGCAUUGAACAUCGCCGCAACGCGCCAAGUCCCAGCCAUCUUUAUCUGCAGGAACAACGGAUAUGCCAUCUCCACACCCACAAGCGAGCAAUACCGAGGCGAUGGCAUUGCCGGUCGCGGCCCAGGCUAUGGCAUGGACACGCUCCGCGUCGAUGGCAACGAUAUCUUCGCCGUCCGCCGCGCAACAAAAGAAGCCAGGCGAAUAGCUCUAGAAGAUGGCGGUAAACCAGUAUUAAUCGAAAUGAUGGCAUACCGUGUCGGACAUCACAGCACAUCCGAUGACUCCUUCGCCUACCGCCAGAAAGUCGAGGUCGAGGACUGGAAGCGUCGCGACAACCCCAUUGCCCGGUUACGCAAGUGGUUAGAAGGUCGGAGUCUGUGGGAUGAAGACAAAGAACGAGCAUUGCGAAGCGAGUUGAGAAAGGAGAUAUUGGGGGCCUUUGAUAAGGCGGAGAAGGAAAAGAAACCAGCAAUUAGGCACGCUUUUGAGGGGGUUUAUGAGAAGUUGACGGAGGAACAGAGGGCCCAUGUGGAGGAGUUGAGAGAUAUUUUGGAGAGGUAUCCGAAGGAGUAUGAUGUCGAUCAGCAUGAGGGUGGGUUGGAGUCUUUGGUUCAGUUGAUGACGGAGGAGAGAUAGGUAAAUAGCAUGUCUUUGCGGUUCUGUAAAACCACAAGAAGAAUAAUUAAGUAUGAUAAU